AUGUCGCUGUUGGAUGAAUUGUUUGAAAUGCCAAAAUUGCAACGAGAAUCAUACGAAAAUCUGCGAAAAAUGAUCGACACAACAAACAGUGUUACACGGCAAUUGCGUGUAUUGGAUUCUCCAGUUGAAAACUGGGACCAAAUAAUUGUGCAUGUUUUGAUAUCUCGUAUGCCACCACGUACACUGCAAGCAUGGGAAGACCAAAGAGAUCACCAAGAAAUGCCAGAGCUGGAGGAGGUGAUGAGUUUUUUGGCACAACGCGCACGUAGCGCAUUGAAUCAAGAGCCGUCAACAAGUGCGAGUAAUGAAGGGCAGCACAAUUCGAACCAAAACUCGCAAAAUCAAGCAAGCAACUCAGGCCGAUACACAAGUACAAAACCAAAGCAAAAGUUCGCGCAGCAAGCAAAAGAUGAUUCAUCGAAAGGAGUUUCAUGCAACAACUGUCAACAGCCACACCCAAUGCACCGUUGUGCGCGUUUCCAAGCAUUGAGUGUCCAAGAGCGGGUAAAACGUGUGCGUGCAUUGAAUUUAUGUUCAAACUGUUUUUCAACAAACCAUCGUGCUGGUUCUUUGAGCUGUAAAGCUGGUCCUUGCAAAAGAUGCAACAAAGGAGCCAAUCAUAACACACUUUUGUGCUACACACCGAUAGCAUCGACAAAUGCAAUUAUGGCCAACAAUUGGCAACCACCAAGAGCAGAUGAGCAGCAAAACGGUGCCACAUAUCAGCAACGAAGUGCAACGGUAGCGUAUCAACCGCCAGGAAAUGUAGUUCACUACACACAACCAAAUCCAAACCUCGGAACGUCAUCGCAAAGUUAUCACAUGAGCACAAACCUACCAAAAAAGAAAUUUUCGAUACAAAUUGAAGGUGUAACUGGAAUCGAAGUUGCAAGUCACACAGCAUUGAUUAAAAUUAGUCCAUGGUAUGAAAAGAACGAUGAGAAUUGUUUAUAUAAAACAUGCGUUGUGCUGAAAAAAUUGCCUGUAGCGCAGCGUAUGGAAUUUAGUGCAGACAUUCCCGAAUUUCAAAGCAUUAUCAAAGCCGAUCCAAACUUCAAUAAAGCUGGAUUUGCUGACAUUUUAUUGGGCAUCGAUACUUGGGCGGAAAUCAUUAUGGACAGAGUGCUGCGGAGUAGCACUGGUUUAUGCGCGCAACUUACGAAAUUUGGUUAUGCCAUUUUCGGAGCAAUUAAUUCAACACCUCGAUUUACUGCAUCUGUGUUAUGCAUUGGGCGAGCGAUAAUGAGCGGCGAAGAAUCUCAUCGUUGGGAUGAAUUACUUCAAAAGUUUUGGGAAAACGAAGAAAUACCAUCAGUGGAACAAAUUUUGUCGGAAAGCGAACAACGUGCGAUUGAUCAUUACAAUAAAAACACAGUUAGAGCGGAAAACGGGCAGUUUAUUGUGCGAUUGCCAUUCAUUGAUGAUAAGGUUGAUUUCGGGAAAUCACGAGAAAUAGCACUUCAACGAUUUUAUCAAUUAGAGCGGAGAUUAGAGCGAAAUCAAGAAUUACGUCAAAAGUACAACAUAUCCAUGCAUGAAGCAAUUGAAUUAGGUCAUAUGCGAUUAGCUACAGCUGAAGAGCGGCAUACAACGGGCUACUACAUUCCACACCAUCCAAUAACGACACGUUUUCGAAUCGUUAAAGACAGUAGCUGUGCUACCACCAACGGAAAAAGCAUCAACGGCGUUCAGUUAGCUGGUCCUAACUUGCAAGAGAAGUUGGCGCAUGUGAUUAUGCAUUUGAAAUAUCAAAAAAUCUUCUGGCGUUUCAACAAACAUGAUCCUUUGCAAGAAUAUGUGUGGAAAACGGUGUUGUUUGGUAUGAAAUCAAGCCCAUUUUUAGCUAUUUACACCGUGCUGGAAUUAGCAAGAAUUUAUGAAAAUGAAUUCCAUUCGGCUUCAAGAGCGACUAAGAGCGAACGAUAUAUGGAUGACUUCAUGUCUGGAGCUGAUUCAUUGCAGGCAGUGAUAAAAUUGUACGACGAAUUAAAACAAUUGAUGGCUAAGGGAAAUUUCGACCUUAGCAAAUGGAAAACGAACUCUCCGAAAUUACUUGAGCUGAUAAACAAAGACUACAAUACUGAUAAUCAACCGCUUGAACUCAACGAUGAUCCGACAUCAGUUUUAGGUUUAAAAUGGCAACCAAAUAGUGAUUGUUUUAUGUUUUCAACAAAAGUGUAG